GGUGAAGGAGCCGGUGGGAGCGGACGGGAGGGCGGCUGCCCGCAAAGCCCGGCGCGCGGAUCACGAGCUUGGCCCUAAGAUGGCUGUUGUGCGCGGGGCACCAUUGCUGUAGCGCCGCGAGGAGCCGCCUGCCGCGCCCUGCCGCCUUGCCCGCCAUGGAGUGCCCGCACCUCAGCUCCAGCGUCUGCAUCGCGCCCGACUCGGCUAAGUUCCCCCAGGGCUCGCCCUCCUCCUGGUGCUGCAGCGAAUACAGGAGGAGAAAACUCACUGAAGCUGGAGGGGGAGUAGGUAGGACCUUCUUCCUGUGAAAAAUUCUGUUCAGUCAGCGGCAUGUAGACUCAGGUGUGUCGGUCAAAUAAAAGUCCAUGGGUCUGUCUGACGUGCUCAAGUGUACACUGUGGACGAUACGUGAAUGGCCAUGCAAAAAAGCAUUAUGAAGAUGCACAGAUUCCUAUGACCAAUCAUAAGAAAACAGAAAAACAAGAAAAAGUUCAGCAUACUGUGUGUAUGGAUUGCAGUAGUUACAGUACAUACUGUUAUCGCUGUGAUGAUUUUGUAGUCAAUGAUACCAAGCUAGGCCUCGUACAGAAGGUCAGAGAGCACCUACAGAACUUGGAAAAUUCAGCCUUUAGAUCAGACAGACAUAGGAAAAGAAAACUAUUGGAAAAUUCAUCUCUGAACAGCAAGUUAUUAAAAGUAAAUGGAAGCACCACUGCCCUUUGUGCCACUGGCCUUCGGAACUUGGGCAAUACGUGUUUCAUGAAUGCAAUCCUUCAGUCGCUCAGUAACAUUCAGCAGUUUUGCUGUUACUUCAAAGAGUUGCCUGCUGUGGAACUGAGGAAUGGGAAGACAGCAGGCAGGCGAACUUACCAUACCAGGAGCCAGGGGGAUAACAACGUUUCAUUGGUGGAAGAAUUCAGAAAGACACUCUGUGCUUUAUGGCAGGGGAGCCAAACUGCAUUUAGUCCAGAGUCUCUAUUUUACGUUGUUUGGAAAAUCAUGCCAAAUUUUAGGGGAUACCAACAACAGGAUGCCCACGAGUUCAUGCGUUACCUCUUGGACCAUCUACACCUGGAACUCCAGGGUGGCUUCAAUGGUGUUUCACGUUCAGUAAUUUUGCAAGAAAACUCUAGCCUGUCUGCAAGCAACAAAUGUUGCAUAAAUGGAGCAUCUACUGUUGUCACAGCCAUUUUUGGAGGCAUUCUUCAAAAUGAAGUCAACUGCCUAAUAUGUGGGACUGAAUCCAGAAAGUUUGACCCAUUCCUAGACCUGUCACUAGAUAUUCCAAGUCAGUUCAGAAAUAAACGUACUAAAAACCAAGAAAGUGGACCAAUGUGCACACUACGGGAUUGUCUUCGCAGUUUUACAGACCUGGAAGAACUUGAUGAGACAGAGCUGUAUAUGUGCCACAAAUGCAAGAAGAAACAGAAGUCCACCAAAAAAUUCUGGAUUCAGAAACUACCAAAGGUGCUAUGCUUACACUUGAAACGAUUUCACUGGACAGCAUAUCUGAGAAACAAGGUGGAUACGUAUGUCGAGUUUCCCUUACGAGGUCUAGACAUGAAAUGCUACUUGUUAGAGCCUGAAAACAGUGGCCCAGAAAGCUGCCUGUAUGACCUCGCCGCUGUUGUUGUGCAUCAUGGCUCAGGCGUGGGCUCUGGACAUUACACCGCUUACGCCGCUCACGAGGGCCGGUGGUUCCACUUUAACGACAGUACUGUAACUCUGACCGACGAGGAGACUGUGGUAAAGGCCAAGGCCUACAUCCUCUUCUAUGUAGAACGGCAAGCCAAAUCUGGAUCAGACAAACUUUAAUACCUCCUUUGAAUUCUUUCUUAUCAAGUCCAUCGGACAAAACAUUUCCAUUUUUCCAUAAAUACUUGAUCCAAGACUAUUAAUUUCAUUGUGCACUUUUCAAUUUCCUCUUGUGGGUUUUAGUUUUGUUGUGUCAAUGGUAGCAUUUGACUUACUGAACUUGGACACAAACUAACUUUUUUUUUUUAGUUAUACCAGAAAACCUCAGCAGAUUUUGAUUUGCUGCUUUAGUUGUGAUAACUCAAUUUUUAUAUAUAUAUAGUUUCAUGAAAUACUUAGUUAUUUGACUUUUUUAUAUUGUUUUCAGUUCUCACUUUCUAAAGGCACAUUUACAUCAGAGAAGCUUUCUGUCCUCUUUACAAGCAACAUAAAUGUGCUUCUGAUUAUGAAGAGCAAUAUAACUUGAUGCUGUUCUUGCAGCUGUUGCAUAGAUACAAAUUUCAUCUGUUUAAAUCAAAGGAUUGUUUGCACAUGCUAUUUUUGCUCGUGCAAGAAACUAAACAGUGACUUCUGAACAAUCGUUCUUUGUCUGCAGAAGAGGGGAGAUGUGGCAUCAUUAAGUAGACCAGGUAAUUGCUGCUAUAUUGGUGUGUAUUCAGGCUGCUGACUUUCAGGAAUCAUUGUAAAUAAAGAGUUGGUUCAGUUGCAUCAAUCCUGCAGUUUAAUUCAAGUAUUCCUCAUGUAUGCUCUGCUCCUCCAUUUUUUUUUUUUUUAAAUAAUCUUAAAAUAUGUAAAUGUCUAUUUUAUGUUGAGAUUUUUUUUUUUAAACCAAACCUGAAUUGCCUUAGACAUCUCUUGUGUUAGACUUUCAUCCUGAAAUGUGAUCAGGAACACUUUCUCGCUUGAAAACGUGGAUGCUUCCUGGCAGUGGGACCCCAGCCUUUCUUCCUGCUGGCAGUUGUGAGUACAGCCCUGAAAUGUGUGGUUUGUGGGACGUCUUAGAUGUCAAUGUAGGUCCUGCGCAUGAAGUGCUGGAGGUCACUUAGAGGAGGAAGGAAGCAGAUGGUUUUGCAGAGGCUUUGCCUGGCAGUUGAAGGGAAGAUGCUCAGUGUCACAGGAGCCUGCUUGAUGGAAAGGGAUGCGCUGAGACCACUUGUCGACUGGGGUAGCUGCAGCAGCUAUGCAAAGGCCCCGUGUGAGGGAUCUUUAGCCACAGUCUCUACACGAAUGCUAGUUUCUAAAACUUUACUAUGUAAUGGAGAAACAUAUUUUUUCUUUUUUGUUAAAGGAACACCCCCACCCCCUUAAUUUUACCUGUACUGUUGUUGUGGAUACCGAGGUCAGUUAAUGAAGUUGUG